AUACAGCUAAACAGCUGAUCGCCAGGAUGUGUUCGUGUUCGUGUUGGGAUGUGUCCGCACGUCAGGAGCUCGCCAUGGUGAUGACAUAGAUCUCGCCAGUGCCCAUGCCCAGUUAUGACUCAAAUGAAGACACUUCAGGAAUGGUCUGCUGAUUGCAUCGCCCAGAGUCUUUUGCACAGUGAAUGCGUUACUCAGCUGGCCACUUCUGCCUUCAGGGGUCAGAUUAGUCCUACACAGAAAGCAGUUAUAUGCAAGAGCCUGAAGAGUCUCAAACUGCACCUGUCCAGCUUGGAUUGCUCUUCAUCAGGCAGCAUCAGCAAUCCUGCCUCAAGACUCCUGAAGCAGAGGAUUGCUUCUGUUGCAGAAUAUAUAUCAUGUCAGUCACAGUUAAACUUCCUAAAGGCAUCUAUACUAAAACUUCUGCUACUAGAAGAAUUUGUUCUGAGCACUGGUGUUGAGUGGAAAGAAAAUACAUCGUGGGGAGACGAGGAUGAGGACUUUGUAUUUGAGUAUUCUACCUCAGAUGUGGCAUACCUCAAUGCCUUCAUAAGGGUUCUAAAAACAUUUGGCCCUUUCCCUGUUGAAAAGGCAGUCAUUUCCUUUGAUUUCCGAGACACGGAUGAUAUGAAGUCAGUGCUCCAGGCACUUUUUAGCAGUUGUACCAAAAUUAAAAGUAUUCACCUUGCAGGAAAAAGUGUACAUCUUGUUGCUCUCAGCAAUCUGAAAUGCUUCUCAAAACAACUGGAAGAGCUAGUGCUAAUUGAUUCCUUUGGCGCUUUAACAAAAGAUGUGUUUUGUGUAUCUCUGUUAGGUAGACCUUGGAUUGAAUAUAUAUCUAGUCAUGAUGGUAGAAAUAGUUGUUUAGAACCUCAAUUUCCAGCUUUAAAGCAUUUGUGGUAUCAGAGGAAAAAUUCACAUCAGAACUGGAAUGACAGUUUUAUAAAGACAGCAAUUCUUACUUAUUAUCCAAACUUGAAAACCCUUAAUUGGCGUGUAAAUGAUUUCAACCACAAUUAUGCUCUUACUAAAAUACCAGGUUUAAGUGGAAAGCAGUACAACUUAGAAAGUCUAUUGCUAACUGCUGUAGAUCUGUCUGAUUCUCGUAGUAAUAGCAUGAUUUGCAGUGUGGAUGUUGGUUUCUUACCGCAACUUUUUCCUGGUCUGCAGGAUGUGUCCUUGGUAUUUACUAGAGGUUUUGAUUGCCAGUGCUCAAGAUCAGAAAUGUUGGGCCCAUGUACAACCAGAGCAACACAGAUUAUAGAAACUCUAAGUAACUUACUCUUAGACUGUAGCAAGAUCGAAUCUUUAACUGCAGGUGGUGAUGUUUUACAUUUAGAAUCAAUCCUGUUGCCAAUCCUAACACAGCAUGGGCAUAGACUCAAAUCUCUUGGACUACAGCUACAUUCCACUGCAAUAACAACACAGCAACACAUAAUGUCAAUAGUUUCACUGUGUCCGUACCUAGAAAGCAUUACUAUAAGUGGAAAUGAGUUAUAUCAUGGAGUCUAUGCAAAGACUCAGAGAAGAGGGAGUUGGCCAAGAGUGAAAUCGUUACAUUUUAUGUUGAAUGCUACUCAUCCAGAAAAUGUAGAGUUAAUGAGGAUGUUUAUAUCAUCCUGCUGUUUUGUGGAAAGUCUAUGCAUUAGUACCUAUUGUAUUGAGAAUUUACAUACCAUAGUAAAUGACAUCACAUCAGACCAUAUUAUAGCUUUAAUAUUGCCUGUCCUGGAUGAUGUAUCUCCUGUGGAUAUAGAUGACCAUAUUUGUAGUGUACUAAAACAAUUUCCUAAUUUACGAUAUAUUUAUGUGCCUAGAAAAUUAAAGAAAUGGAGAAAUUUACAGGAAAAGUUGUGGAACCGCGGGGUAACAGUCAAGUUUACAGAUCUCUUGGCUAAUGGAUUUUGAGUGUUGUUUUUUUUUCUCCCCCUUUUUUUUCUUUUCUUUUCUUUUCUCUUUUCCUUAUCUUUUGUUUUCUUUUCUUUAUCAGACUAAUCCUAUUUGUCAUAGUUUUGUGAUGUUAAAGCAUUGUAUUCUUUUAAAUUUUGCUUUCUUAGUUUUGUAGAUAUAUGCUCAAAUAGCAUAUAGGUUUCAUAUUAGUGAUAUCAAAGUUUAAAGAACUGUGAUUUUCAUUUAGACCCUGGUGAAUAUCCUACUUCUUAGGAAAAAAAGAACUUUAAUGCAAGUGUUUUUUCCUCAUACCUUUAUAAUUAGGCUGAUUAAACAGGAAAAGUUUUAUUAUUUGAUAUGUCUCUUUCAAACAAGAUAUGUCUUUUUUUUAACAAUAUGGGAAAAAGAAAUGUAGUGCUUUACAAUGAAGAAGUUAUGCAAAACUAGGCAAUAGUUUUCAACAGACAUGAUAUAGCAAGCACAUAUUAAUGGUUGUGACCUAAGUAGGGCCAAAGUUAUUUAUAUAAUCAGUACUACUUUAGAUAUUAUUUUGUAUCACCGAUAUAUUUUUUUGGUAAAUUAUUCAAUGUAGUAUGAUGAUUGUUACUAGAGUGUUAGUAUAUAAUGAGUCAUGUGAAGUGUAAGUAAAGUACUUGGAAAUCA